AUGCCCAUGCCUAUGCUCAUGGCCAUGCUGCUGCUGGUGCUUCUCGCCGGAACGGGCAUACAGCCGACCGCUGCGGCGUCGGUUCCGUUCCAGAACUGCCUGUCGAACAACUACAUCGACAAUGACCUGGUGCUGCUGCAGUGGGUGCCGCUGCUCGUCGACGCCUCCUUUUCGACCAAUGCGACUCACAAGCUCGUCAUCACCAUGUACGGCAACGUCACCGGCUCAUUUUCUGGCGCAACGCUGCCGGCUUGGAACAGUUCGGCCUGGAACACGUCGACCGACGGCAAGAUCCUCGAGAAGCCCGAUCCGACGUCGGCCAACCCCAAGCUCACCACGCUCCACUCCAAGGUCAACGUGUUGAGCUACGAGCCGUGGGAGAAGGACACGGACUUCUGCAACACGUCGCUCGUCAACGCCCAGUGCCCCCUCGGCCCCGUCUUCAACACGACGCCAAUCGCCUACGACACGCUGCCGGCUGUGUCCAUCUCCAACAACUUCUACUCCACCUACGCCUUUACGUCCUUCUCGGCCACGUUCAUCAUCCGCUACGGCGACAGUGCCGUCACCAACAUCGGUUGCGUGUCUACCACAGUCACGCCUGACCUCGGCCACCUGGCCCAGCUGGUCAAGUUUCUGCCCCUGAUGGUCCUGCUGGCCGUCGGCAUCGCCACCAUCUUCGCCGCCAUCUACAGCCCCUGGGGCACGCCCAACAUCUUCCACUGGACGUCCAACUACGGCCGCGACCCCGACUUGCUGCGCCUGGUAACCCCGGGUUUUGGCGACUGCCUGCAGUACAUCCAGUUCGUCGUCCUGACCGGCGGCCUGACCCUGAGCUACCCGGGCUUCUACCAGCCCAUUGUCAGCCAGGCGUCCUGGUCGACGCUCAUGUUCAACCACAGUUUUGUCAGCAAGACGACCUUGCCCAAGGUCGUCGACGGCAUCUACUACACCAACGGCACCUACGGGCUGCAGGACAUGGGCCAGCUGGUUGGCAUGGCCCAGUCCGAGGACAUCUGGCCGGGCAUGAUGGUGUGGCUGCUGGCCAUUAUCGCCGCCGCCCUGGCCCUUUUCCAGAUCGCCUUCGGCCUGCAGUGGGCGUACCGAUUUCUGCGGCGCAUUCCCGAAGAGGACCUGCGGUCCAAGAACUUGCCCUUCUCCGUCGGCAACGUGAUCCGCAUCGUGUUCAACUACUUCCUGCUCCCGCUGGUGGCCCUGUCGACCUUCCAGUUUGUGGUCUCGCCGGGGUCGCCGGCGUACACGGUUGCGCUGGCGGCCAUCACGCUGUGUGUGAUCAUUGGCUUUGCCGUCUGGCUGCUGCGCUUGAUCAUCUCGACCCGGCCACGGGCGGUCCUGUUUGACGACCUGUCAACGCUGCUUCUCUACGGGCCGCUGUACAACACGUACUCGGACGAAGCGGCGGCGUACGCGCUGACGCCGCUUUUCCUGACGCUGAUCCGCGGCAUCGCCGUGGGCGCGGUGCAGCCAGCGGGCAUUGCGCAGAUUGUGCUGCUGGCAAUCUGCGAGGUGAUCCAGAUUCUCACGCUGCACGCCUUCCGGCCGUUCCACACGCAGUCGUCGAUGAACGCCUACCACACGUUCUUUGCCCUCGUUCGGUUCAUCACCAUCAUGCUGAUGAUCGCCUUCAUUCCGGCGUUGGGCGUGUCGGAAGGGUCAAAGGGCUGGAUCGGCUAUGUGAUCCUGGUCAUCCACGCGGGAGUUAUGAUUUUUGGCUUUUUCCUGAAUGCGAUCCAGGCGAUGCUGGAAGUGAUUGCGCGCAUGGCCGGUGCGGGUGGCGACGACGUCAGCGGCCAGACUAGGGGCGGCCUGACCAAGAUCUUUGGCAUGCGGCAGCUGUCGAGGCGCAUGCCACGGAGAAGCGUGGGUGCGAUCUCGCGGCAGAGUCAGCUCUCGAGCUCGGCCAUGCUCUACUCGGACGAGGCCAGCAAGGGCGGCUAUGCGAUGCCUGGCGGGCGGCUGCGCAGUGAGUCUGCCGGUAGCAUCGGCAUGUUCGUGGCCGGAAGGCCGGGCCAACGUAGCUCGUCUGCGCUCGACAACCUCAGUCUCUACGGCGGGCCUCUGGUGAGCGGCGGGCGGAACAUUGACGGGGGCGAGAGCUCGUUCAUGCCGCCGACAAUGGGCGAUAUGGGCAACUUUUCGUCGCAGCCGUCGCCGACGAGAAAGCCGCAAACGCAUGGGACUGGCGGACCUGACCAAGCGGGAGAGUCGACGGGUCCGUACUACCGGCCUCCACGACGAGCGAAACGGACACCAGCAGCAGACGACGAUACGGCGCCAUCGCCUGCCGACCGGACGCGCGGGCUAUGGGCGAGCGGUGACUGGUCGCCACGACCGGUGCCGGGCGAUGAUGCUGCAUCGGACACGGUGUCGAGCCCGGUGGCAGCUGCCGGCGGAGCAGCGGGCGAAAUCGGCGAGGUUGAUGUGCCGUACAUGCAGCCGUCGAUGAUCUCGCCCCGGACGGACUACUCGACGCGCGAGGUGGACUUUUACUACGGCGUACGUGGCGAGCGACUGAACUCGGAUGCGCCCGGCCGCAAGCUGGGCACAGGACCUGCCGAUCCGACGGGGACGAUGUCCUCGGCCGCCGGCUGGUUCCGUGGACUGCUAGGCGGCAAGAGCAAAGACAAGGGCAAGGGAUUCGAGGUCGUGCGCAGUGCACGGAUGCCGCCUGCCAUGCUGGCACGCGGGGGCGAUUUCGAAGACGAGGGGCCGCCACCAGGGAUCCCGGUAGCGAUGGACGUGAUCCGUCACGGACCUAUCGAGUCGGACGACGAAGAGGACGCCAAGGCACAGGCGAAGAGGAGACGGCACAGCCGGUCUCGCUCAGCUGUCAGCGCGGCGGCCAAUCCGGGCGAGGCAGAGCUGCUGGACGAAGACGGCAAUCCGGGCGACGAGAUCAGCGAGACCAGCGAGACAGACCGUGCAGAAAGGAUGGACGAUUUGGAGGACGUGUCGAUCGAGCCGAUAGGCCUGGUAUCGGACGUGCCGCCAAUGCUGCCGAACAUUGACACAGGCGGCAGCAUUCAUAUUCCCAGUCGUCACCAGUCCAAGGCGAGCCGGUAUGCGGGCUCGAACGGCGGAGCGCCAGCGCUGCCGGGAGGUGCACUGCUUCUGGACCUGCCGAGCAUGUCUCGACGAAGCUCGCGACAGUCAGGACCGGCACCGAGCAGCCGGGGACCUUUAUGGGCAACCCGGCCACCGAGCUUGCCUGGCAUUGCUGGUGGUGGCGAGAGCACGCUUGGCGGAAGCAUCUCGCGUCUGCCGUUUGAGCGGAGCGGGUCCAAUAGCUCGGGACAGGGACGCAGCUCGCCGGGAUCGUCGUCGGCCGUGACGGCUGAGGAGUUCAGCCAGGUGGACCUGCGGGAAGGUGAGCUGUCCGCUCGCAGCAACACGCCUGGUGAAGUGGGUUAUGUGCAGCAGGGCAGCAUCAAUCGGAUCGAUACAAACGACAUCCAUCCGGCUCUGCGGGACUCCGGUCACGCAGCCGAGAUUGUGGGCGGACAGCAUCAGUAG